UUUGAGUUUUGAGAACCAUUUCGACCAAAAAAAGAAAAAGAAAAGUAGAGCAAAGAACUGAACUGAACAGUGAAGAAACAACAGAACAUUACAAAACCACCCUGUUUGCUCUGUCUCUAACGAAGAGAAAAUACCUUGGUGCCCACUGAACAACAACGUAGGUUUUGUCGGUUCCGUGGAUAACAACAAUGGAGCAACUCAAAGCGUUUGCGAAAUCCGGCCACGACUUUUUCGACGGCCUUUUUGGGCGCCGCAAUCCGGUUGAAAUCCUUAAACGGUUGCAGAGAGAAGCGUUCUCCGAUCUUAUGAGACUCAGAGACCGUCAAGAAAAGCUUGAGCGAUUACUUUCUUUCUACCAAACCUCCAAAGGUGGUCCCUUUCGAGAGAACGCCACUCACGUGAGAGGCCACGUGGAUUUUUCGGGUGCUUUGUUGGUGUUGGAUAAUGUUAGCUUAGAGGAUGCUGCAGAUAGGUGGGGAAUCCGAACAGGCGUUGAUUCCAGGUUCAUUUUUGAAACAACCAUUGGAGACAAGGGAACUGGUUCCGCUGAGUUUGUGGCCACUCACAGAGAGAGGGAACAUUGUGAUCAGAAGCCUCUUUCUCUCAACAAGCUUAGUUUUACAGCAAAUGUCAAUGAUUGGUUUUCACUUGUGGCUUUGCCAAUAGGUGCUCGAUGCAGGGAUGUUGCAAUUGCUUCCAAUUCUUUUCAUCAGGUUGGGAAGAGGCUUACAGAAUUUUCCUGUUUCGGACCACCUCUUUUGAACUCACACAAUGGCACUGCUAUCGGCAUUACUGUGAGAAAGUCAAAUGUUAUUGCUUCAUUGGCUCAACUUGUAACUGGUCUGGGAAUGCCGCCUAGUUCUAACACAAUGGAGAAUAGAUCUAGCACUUUCGGGCAACUAGCGUUUCAAUUUCCUAGAGGAACUAAAUUGUCUGUUUUGGGUGUUCACCAAGUGCCUUUGUCAUCAAGACAGCUCGGAAAUUUCGGAGCACUUACAAUUCCAAUAGUCUUCAAGCAAAAUGAGGUAUCUGAGUCUGUACCAGAAGCGUCACCAUUGAUGGGAAUGAAGUCACGAGUCUCAGCUGAUUCUAUUGCUCUUUUGGCGGAGUCGGAACUUGAUGGCUUUACAAAGAUUGGAGGUUGGAUUGAGAUGAACAAAUUAAAUCCCAAAUCUGUACAAUUGGGUGUAAUCAUAUCUGAUGAUUCUGAAGAUUCAUUAGGCUGGGGAACGAGUCUCAGUGGGACAAUUGGAGAUUCAGCAAAUGGAACUCAUUUUCAGGCUGAAUCCUAUCUAAAAUUUAGUGUGGGUAAUAAUUCUUGUUUGAAGCCAGGUCUUGUAUUGGGAAUGGAUGGGAAAUCUAAAAUAGCUGCUUUAAUGCUUCAAUCUAAUUGGUCCCUGUAAUGAAUACCUGCAUACUUUUCAGUUUGUUCAGAUUUCAACAUUUUAUUUGACCAGGUAUAUAAUAUGACUAGCUAUUCUUUGUUAUAUAGAUUUGUUUGGUUCAAAAGA